GCAGCAACACCACGCUCUCCAAACCACCGCCAGAGGAACCCGGCCAGCCUGCUUCCCCCCGCACCCGCAGCUGCACGUUUCCAGGAAACCAUUCUCCCUUCGCUGUGCACCUUUCCGCCUACGCCCCCUCUCCCAACGCUCCAGACGCCCCCUUCACAGCACAAUGGCCGACUCAGCGUCCCCAAUUGGCAUUGCCAACUUGCCCAACCAGAGGCACAAGAUUGUCGCCAAGCGCGGUGCCAACUUCACCAUCAUGGUUGCCGGCGAGUCUGGCCUCGGAAAGACGACCUUCAUCAACACGCUCUUCUCCACCACCAUCAAGAACUAUGCCGACCACAAGCGCCGCCACAUGAAGCAAAUGGACAAGACGGUCGAGAUUGAGAUCACAAAGGCAGAACUCGAGGAGAAAUUCUUCAAGGUCCGUCUGACCGUCAUCGACACCCCUGGCUUCGGCGACUACGUCAACAACCGCGACUCCUGGCAACCCAUCAUUGAGUUCCUCGACGACCAGCAUGAGUCGUUCAUGUUGCAGGAGCAGCAGCCGAAGCGCAGCGAUAAGAUCGAUCUCCGCGUGCACGCCUGCCUGUACUUCAUCCGGCCUACCGGCCACACUCUCAAGCCACUCGACAUUGAGGUGAUGAAGAAGCUCUGCACACGUGUCAAUCUUAUCCCUGUGGUCGCCAAGGCGGACACUUUGAGCCCCUCUGAUCUGGCCAAAUUCAAGUCUAGGGUGCGCGCCGUUCUUGAGGCACAGGGCAUCAAGUUCUACCAGCCCCAGCUCGAGGACGAUGACCAGGCCGCCAUGGCACACGCCCAGGGCCUGAUCAACGCUAUGCCUUUCUCCGUCAUCGGGUCCGAGAAGGAUGUUCAAACCAACGAUGGCCGCACUGUCAAGGGCCGACAGUAUGCUUGGGGUGUCGCCGAGGUGGAGAACGAGGAGCACUGCGACUUCAAGAAGCUCCGUGCUAUCCUUAUCCGAACUCACAUGCUCGACCUCAUCCACACGACCGAAGAGAACCACUACGAGGCCUACCGCGCGCAGCAGAUGGAGACACGCAAAUUCGGCGAGGCUCGCCCACGGAAGCUCGACAACCCCAAGUUCAAGGAGGAGGAAGAGGCGCUCCGCAAGCGUUUCACGGAGCAGGUCAAGGUCGAGGAGCAGCGAUUCAGGCAAUGGGAACAGAAGCUUAUUUCGGAGCGCGACCGCCUCAACAAAGACCUCGAGGCCAGCCACGCCAUGAUCAAGAACCUAGAGGCCGAAGUCGAAUCGCUGCAGAGCACCAUGGGCAACCGCUCGCACGGCCGUCGUUAAGCGUAUCUCCAAGGCGUCGUGGGAGUGUGGGCUUCAGCUGGUUUGUGGCACGAGCCUAAUUACUUUGCAUUUCGUGAUUCCCCUUUUGUUAUCUUUCAUAUGUUUGUAAUCGAUGUGGUUGUUGGCUUGGAGGAAUCGGAAAGGGUAGUAUGGAUAUAUUGGCUUGGUACCGCACGAAGAAGGCCGAUGCAUCGUGUAUUGUGCCUUCCGACUGGAGUGUUAGUUGCUCCAGAAGAAGUAGAGGUUCGGCAGAUAGCUACACUAGCGUGGGUCACCGGACUGGUAGAUUAAUUAUUCAUGGUUCCCGCUGG